AAUUUGCGAAGCGGCGAGAAUGGAGCGUCGACCGCGUUCCGCACAGAAGCGCCGGCAGCACGCUUCUCCGAUUGAUGAUGACAGCGCCAGCGACAACAGCGACAGCACUAGGUCAGACGCAGUUUGACUCGUGGGAGUCAUUUCAUGCCUACCUUAAUGCGUACAUGGCGCAGACGUACCAGAGCUUUCGCAUCCGUACCAACAACAAGGUCCAGGAGCGCAACCGCAAGAUCAAGAAGCAGAAUGCCACAGCUCCUCUGAUCCCAGAGGAGUGGAUCUGGUACAACAAGACCCUUGUAUGCACCCACGCUGGCAGCUACAAGACGCGCGGCAAAGGCAAGCGACCGCGUCAGGAAGUCCGAUCGACUGAGUGUUGUGCACAGGUAUGUAUUCUCUUCGUUUGGGCCCAGAUGGGCAAAACAUUGGCGAGUUGGGCUCAGAUGGGGACGCUUGAUGCUGGAUGGGCUCGGAUGAGCUUUGUUAAUGACAAUAUAUGUGUUCUUCCUCAGAUUAACGCUUGUGUCCGCGUCGUCAACGGCAGCACACACGACCCUGUGUUCGCGUUGUGCGUUACUACAGCGAAGCUGCAGCAUAACCACCCGCUGACCCUUUCCAACUACGAGCAGUACUCGUCAGUUUGUACAGCGCUUGCGCCUUCCAGGGUGGAGACGGUAGAUGUUUUGCGCUAGGCGGGGAGCAUGAGCUCAAAACUGAAGGAGCUGCACCUACUAUCUAAUGAGGUUCGUUCAAGUUGUCGAGGAUACGUGUUUAGUGGCCUGUGAGGUGUUUGCAGGCGCACCUUCGCCGGGGCUGAUUGACAAGAAGACGCCACAGUAUCUGCGCUACAGAUACCUUAGCUUGUGCAUUUAAAUACAUUGAAUUUUUGAGCAAA